AUGACUUCUCGGGAUCAGCUGGUACGGCAGGUUCUGCGGGAUCUGCAGGAGGCCGUAGAGUCAGUGGGCCUGGAAGGGCUCAACAGUGCCGCCCUGGAGGCCAAACGGGUCCUAUCUUCCUUCACCCUCCCGAUUUGCCAGAAGGGUGGCCCUGGACCCCAGGUGCUGGAGGUGGACUCUGUGGCCCUGAGUCUGUACCCAGAGGAUGCUCCACGGAACAUGCUGCCCCUAGUGUGCAAGGGCGAGGGAAGCCUGUUGUUUGAGGCUGCCAGCAUGUUGUUGUGGGGGCACACGGGCCUCAGCCUGGAGCUGCGGGCCCGCACCGUGGUGGAGAUGCUAUUGCACAGGCACUAUUAUCUCCAGGGUAUGAUCGACUCCAAGGUGAUGCUCCAGGCUGUGCGCUACUCCCUGUGCUCAGAGGAGUCCCCCGAGAUGAGCAACCUGUCUUCUGCCACACUGGAGGCCAUCUUUGACGCAGACGUCAAGGCUACGUGCUUCCCUAGCAGCUUCUCCAAUGUGUGGCACCUGUAUGCCCUUGCCUCCAUCCUUCAGCACAACAUCUACUCCAUCUACCCCAUGCGCAAUGUCAAGAUCCGACCCUAUUUUAACCGUGUUAUCAGGCCUCGCCGCUGCACCAACGUGACCUCCAUGUUGCACAUUAUGUGGGCUGGCCAGCCCCUCACUAGCCACCUCUUCCGUCACCAGUAUUUUGCCCCCGUGGUUGGGCUGGAAGAGAUGGAGGCUGAUGGUGCUGCUACCCUGGACUCCUCUCCUCCGAUCCUGAGUCCUCUGCUACCACCAGCCAAAACCCUGGAGCUGCUCAACCGCGAACCUGGCCUCAGCUACUCCCACCUCUGUGACCGCUCCAACAUCACCAAGAGCACCUUCUACCGCUGGCGGCGGCAGACCCAGGAGCACCGGCAGAAGGUAGCCAACCGCUUCUCGGCCAAGCACUUCCUGCAGGACAGCUUUUACCGUGGGGGCCUUGUGCCAUUGCAACAGUUCCUGCAGAGAUUCCCUGAGAUCUCCCGUUCUACCUACUAUACCUGGAAGCAUGAGCUGCUGGACUCUGGUGCCUAUCCAGCCUUGGUCCCGUCUACUCCACCCAGCGAGCCACUGGCUGUGCCAGAGCUGGAGAGCCUCCCAGAGAAGAAGGCUGCCGAGGGGCUGGGGUGCUCCACACCAGCAGUGGCGGUGUCUAGCCCUAGCAUGGUCUUAAUGCAGCGUGCCAAGUCGUACCUAGAACAUUGCAUCUCCGUGAACAAACUGGUACCCUAUCGCUGCUUCAAAUGCAGGUUCCCCGGCAUCUCGAGAUCCACAUACUACAACUGGAGGAGGAAGGCCCUCAGGAGGGGCCCCAGUUUUAAGCUGGCCCCAGCCCUUGCAACCACCGAGUCUCUGCCCCCAACAGAUGUUGGGGAUGCGGCCCUGCUCUCUUUGAAGGGUGAGGUGGGAGAAGAGGGCACAGGGAAAGCAGGAGGAGGAGACCCUCCUACUUCCCAGGGGUUCACAUCCACAAAGAUUCCCUUGUCUCGUUGGCAGAGGCGACUACGUAGGGCUGCCCGCAAACAGGUGCUAAGCGGGCACCUGCCCUUCUGUCGCUUCCGCCUCCGCUACCCUAGUCUGUUACCCUCUACUUUUUGGGUGUGGAAAAGUCUUUCCCGGGGAUGGCCCAGGAUGCAGGCUUCCUCCUCUUUGGGCCAAAGGAGGCGGGAGCCAGAGGAACGGCAGGAGCCAGCUGAAUGGCAGGAGACGGAAGCUGUUGAGAAUAGAACCUCUGUGAUCGCUCCUCGGGUGCAGACACUGCCAGUGGCCGCUUCUUCAGAAACCCCCACAGAAGAUGCCCAGGGAGGGCCUUCUAGAGAAGGGGUCAUUCAGGAGACAGCUAUGACCCAAAGCCAACCCCACAGUGGAUCCCUAUCGGGCCAGACUGUGGCGGCGGCGGCAGGUGGCAGGGAUGGCCAGGUGCUGGUGAUGGACAUGCUUACCACCACAAGAUUCAAGGCCCAAGCCAAGCUGUUCCUACAGAAGCGCUUCCAGUCCAAGACUUUCCCCUCCUACAAGGAGUUCCAGUCUCUCUUCCCGCUGACAGCACGUUCCACCUACUACAUGUGGAAGCGGGCACUCUUUGAAGGCCUCACACUGGUUGAUGGCUGAU